AUGGUGGUAUGUCAACAUCCACAAGUGGAACGGUCGGUCAAUGCUCCCAUCAACGCCCAAUCAGACAAUGUUCGUGAACGCCAGCGAUACUGGAUGGGGUUGCUCAUGGAAGAAUCAGCGGGCCCAUGGUUUUUGGACAGCGGAAGAGGCAGCCCAAUCGAUCAACUGGAGGGAACUACAAGCUGCAUUUAUAGCCCUCAGAACUUUCCAUCUGCCGCCGAAUUCAACAGUGCUAAUCUGGACAGACAGCGCAACCAGCUUAUCCUACAUCAACAAGCAAGGUGGAACUCGCUCUCUUCUGCUAAUGGAAUUGGCAAUGCAGGUCUGGACAUGGUGUCUCCGCAAUCGCAUAAUGAUUCAGGCCCAACACAUUCAAGGCAUUCACAACAGGAUCGCAGACUUCGAGUCUCGGCGCCAGUAUUUCAAGAAUCAAUGGGUGAUCAAGCCGCAGAUAUUUUAACAGAUACAGCAAGCUUGGGGACCUUUUUCCAUUGA